CACAGCGUCCUGCCCUUCCUCCCCCCCACUUCCUCCCCCUACAGCCUCCUGUUGCUACUGCUGCUGUCAUCUCUCCAUCAUGGCAAGCAACACCCCCGCAUCUUCAGAAAAGUUGGCCAGCGGUGCCGCCCAGGCUCCCAAGAGCGCCGAGGAGAUCGCGAAUCAGUAUGACCUUCUGUCCAAGAUGAUCCCCUACCUCGACCGCCACCUCAUAUUUCCGCUGCUUGAAUUCAGCUCCGGCCAGGAUGAGGAGUCUGACGAAAUUGUCCGUGCAAAAUAUGAGCUACUUAAACACACCAACAUGACCGAUUAUGUCGCCAACCUGUGGAAGGAGAUCCACCACAAGGACGAGAUCCCCGAAGAGUUCGUGAAGAAGAGGGAGGAGGUCCUCGCAAAGUUGCAGCAAUACCAGGACCAGAGCUCCAAAAUCACUGAGCUGCUUCAGGAUGAAAGUGUGGUGGCCAACCUGCGAAGCGACAAGGUGGCCAAUUUGAAGUUCCUCGAGGAGGAGCACGGUGUCACAAUCGAGAUGGUGAACAGUCUUUACGAGUACGGCCGUUUCCAGUACAGCUGCGGUAGCUACGGUAAUGCGGCAGAGCUUCUGUAUCAGUUCCGUGUUCUGUCCACCGAUAACGACAAGGUUGCCUCAGCCACAUGGGGUAAGUUGGCGUCGGAGAUCCUAACCACCAACUGGGAGGCAGCGAUGGAGGAAGUCCAGAAGGUGAAAGAUUCGUUGGAGACUCGGCUGUUCAACAACCCUCUCGGACAGCUACAGAACCGGUCCUGGCUGAUCCACUGGUCUCUUUUCCCUUUCUUCAACCAUGAUCCGGCUCGGGACGUCCUGACGGACCUCUUCUUCUCUCCGGCGUAUAUCAACACCAUCCAGACAAGCUGCCCGUGGAUCCUGCGAUACCUCGCUGCUGCGGUCAUCACAAACCGCAGCCGUGCUCAUAAGAACAGCAGCGUAUACCAGAGACAAUUAAAGGACUUGAUCCGGGUCGUGCGUCAGGAAGGCUACGAAUACUCCGACCCCAUCACCGACUUCAUCAAGGCGCUGUAUAUCGACUUUGACUUUGAGGAGGCACAGAGGAAGCUGGGAGAGGCCGAGGAUGUGUUGCGGAGCGACUUUUUCCUGGUCUCCACUGCCGAUGUGUUUGUCGAGGCUGCUCGACACCUCAUUUCUGAGAGCUAUUGCAAAAUCCACCAGCGGAUCGAUAUCAAGGACCUGUCUACCCGUCUCGGCUUGAACCAAGAUGAGGGUGAGAAGUGGAUUGUUAACCUGAUCCGAGAUACCAGGGUCGAUGCCAAGAUCGACUACAAGGAAGGAACUGUGAUAAUGAACCACCCUCCGCAAUCAGUAUACCAGCAGGUCAUUGAGAAGACAAAGGGUGCCUUCUUCCGGACACAGGUUUUGAGUGCGGCUGUUGCGAAAUAAACGCCUUUAGUAAAUGACAUUUUCUUUCCUUUCUCCCUCUUUUCCCUUCUCUAUCUUCUUCUUUACUUUCCGUUCUGCCCGUGUUAGUACCAUCCGUGAAUCACGGGCUUGUUAAGUCAUGGGACGAAGCAGGCAUCAGGCUGGCGUUCGGGCGGUCCACCUUUUCCAUGUUGUUGUUAUUGGCUUUCGUUUUCGCAAAAUAUCUUAUUCUUUGGCCUCGCCUGAUGGACGUACGAAGACGCUUGAAUGAGGCUGUUGAUUCCCAAAUCUGGAAAAGCGGAAGAUCAUACGGAUAUACUCUGAACGCUGUUGUGAAGUGAACCGAUGUGUUUAUUUACUGCAGAGAAGAGAAAAGCUUUGUGGUUUUACUAUGCUGUUACGAAUGGUCUAUAGAAAUGAGAUGACAACUUAUUCAGGAGGAUUUUGUGUAUCUUAUAGUAGUAGACUACUCUACAGGGAUCUCUAGAAUGUCGAUGGCUUUAGCCUCAAUCCAUGGAUACUAAAUUG